UUUGAACGUCGCUUCCUGGGCUCGUCCAAUGAUAUGAGUCCACAUGCAGCGCAGUGGAGAGGGGCAGCAGCGAGGAGAUAAAGCCCGGCUGUCACUGUCAGCAGCACCCACAGCGGCCACACUCAGGAGCCACGGCACGGCACGGCACGGCACGGUUACUCACAGCACUGAACCGGGUGAAUGCAGCCUGCGGGACACUGCUGCACCAUUUCCGGACAUAAGAGAGCAUUUCCACCGCAGACAGACAGGGACCAGGAGCUCACCACGUUUUGUGCGUUUUUUGUGCGUAAUUGGAGAAAAAAAAGAAUCACAAGAGGGGGGACACUAAUCCCGAAUCCGUCGAUAUCUAUCCAAGUGGGAAAACUCCUUUUUAUUUAAUUUAACUGUUUGUUUUUUAAAGAGACCUACCAAGCUGUGCCGUGGGAGAAAGCAGCCGCCAUGGAGAACUCUCACACCAAGAGUGUGGAAGAAGUUUACAGUCAUUUCUGCGUCAAUGAGAGCACAGGACUUUCCCUGGACGAGGUGAAGCGACUCAGGGACAAAUGGGGCCUAAACGAGUUACCAGCAGAAGAAGGGAAAUCUUUGAUGGAGCUUGUCCUUGAACAAUUUGAAGAUUUAUUGGUUCGAAUUCUUCUGCUGGCCGCGUGUAUAUCUUUUGUGCUGGCGUGGUUCGAGGAGGGCGAGGAAACGAUCACAGCCUUCGUGGAGCCGUUUGUGAUUUUACUGAUUCUUAUCGCCAACGCCAUCGUCGGGGUGUGGCAGGAACGUAACGCUGAGGAUGCCAUCGAGGCGCUGAAGGAGUACGAGCCGGAGAUGGGGAAAGUUUACCGUCAGGACAGGAAGACGGUUCAGAGGAUCAAAGCUCGGGACAUCGUGCCCGGAGACAUCGUGGAGAUCGCAGGUAGGACGAGCGUCUGCGUUACUUUAAACUAAGUCAUGUUGGACCUU